GAAUGUCCCCGAAACGCUACGAUAGAAUGAACGGCAAUACAUUUGUCAAACUUCUUAAAUCCAAUAAGUUAAAUCGAUAAUAAAGUAAAAUUUAAUAAAUUGAAGAAGCAACUGAUUUUUUUAUGCGAGCAAUUAAGUAAUUUUUGAUCUGAUUACAAAUAAAAAUAAAUAAAUAAAUUAACCAACAGCGUCAUGCAAUUGUAGCGUGUUUGGACCUCAUAGCAGUUAAACAGUUGCUUUGGCCGCAAGUGUUAGCAGUAAACAAAAACAUAAAAUCUUUUUAAAAUGAAUCUAUAAAUCUAUGUAUAAAGUUAAAAAAACCUAAUGCGACGCAUUUAUACAGCGGCCUACGUACACAUCAUGUCGAAGAACAAGGGAAAAGGUAAAGCAACGAGCAAAGCCGGCGAGGCGACCACACCACCAGUCUCCAAUACGCCGGUCACACUGGACAAGAGUGGCAACAUUGCUAUCAAAAUUCUAGCCAAGCCUGGCGCCAAACAGAAUGGCAUCACAGACAUUGGACUAGAAGGCGUUGGUGUACAAAUCGCAGCACCCCCCAGCGAAGGAGAAGCCAAUGCCGAACUGGUGAAAUUUCUUUCCAAAGUGUUGGGACUUCGCAAGAGCGAUGUAUCGCUCGACAAGGGCUCCCGUUCCCGCAAUAAAAUAAUACUCGUUUGCAAAGGCGUCACCACCGUGGAGGCUAUAGAGCAAUCAUUGCGAAAAGAAUGUGAAUCAUAACCACACUUCGUAAAUAAAUGACCAGAAAAAUACUUUUUUAUGCUUUAUUAUCGAUGCGAUCAUCCAAUCUUAUUACAUAUUCCAUUAAUAGCUAACGCAUAUGUAGUCUUUGUGUUUUUUUUUCAUUACAUAAAUUACUUGGAUUCUAAAUUAGGAAUUUCUUAACGACAACUGCUCUUACGUAGUGAAAGUGUAAAUCCUAUUAUUACAUAUUUCUUGAAUAUUUUUUUGAAUGAGUUAAGCGUAUUACUGUCGCAUAUAACGCGACACAACGUAAAUACAAAUUACAAAUGUCAACGAAACAUUAAAUAACUCUGCUGUCAAGUCUAACAUAAGAGGUUCCGACAAUGGAAAUGAAAUGUUUUUAACUUAAGUAAUUUUGUAUCAAAUGGUGUGAAGAAAUGGUUCUGGUGGGGGUGGAUGAGUAGUUUUUGGUUGAACGGUUGUUU